GAGCCUCCUUUGUGCAACAGCCGGCGAGCCGGGCCUUCAACUCGCGCACUCCGGCAAGGCCGGCAAGCGACACGUCAGGCUCGAAGGACCCUCGAGGUGGAAAAGACGAGGCCGCUUCCCUUAGCCUGGCCUUCCUCCCAAAGGAUCCCCACUGGCGGGAGAGGCCAACCUGUGGCGGGAUGGCGAGCCUCGCCGCGCCCCCACGUGUUCGAGACGGCGGGAGCGCCGCAGGGACCGAGCGGGAAACCGCAUAGCUACCCGCCCCAACGUCGACCUCCCUCCUGUCUCGCCCGGACUAAAGUGGCGGGGGAGAGCUACUUUCGCCGCCUUUUUCGCCCCCGACUGGCUCCCCUCCACCCUCGGCCCCAGCUAGUCGGGUAGAGGCGCGCCCCUUUCAGAGGGGAGCCAGCGGCGCAUUCCUGACCGCCCCCAGGGGGAACUGGCGCUCUCCGGCGGUGAAAGCCUCGUCUGUGUGGCUGCGCCUGGCCGGACACUGCCCGCUUCUUCUGCGCUCACCCGGCGCAGCGGCCAGCUCUUGCCAGCUCGCAGCCGCCAGCAGCGCUCGCCGACCAUGAAACUCUCGUCUCCGUCCGUUGCGCCGGGCUGCCCCGCCACGCUUUUUGCUGCUCUGUUGCUUUCGCUGCUUUUGCUGGCGGCCGCUUCGUCGCCCGGGACCUCGACGGAGACGCAGAAAGGGAAACAAAAGGCGUUCCGUCAGCGGGAGGUGGUGGACGUGUAUAAUGGGAUGUGUGUGCAAGGACCUAUUGGUCUUCCUGGAAGGGAUGGAAACCCUGGAGUCAACGGAAUCCCUGGAACUCCAGGUAUCCCUGGCAGAGAUGGGCUUAAAGGAGAAAAAGGAGAAUGCGUGCAAGAAAGCUUUGAGGAAUCCUGGACCCCUAACUAUAAGCAAUGUUCAUGGAGUGCCUUGAACUAUGGCAUAGACCUCGGAAAAAUUGCAGAAUGUACGUUCACCAAGAUGCGUACCAACAGUGCUUUAAGAGUUCUUUUCAGUGGAUCACUUCGACUUAAAUGUAGAAAUGCCUGUUGUCAACGCUGGUAUUUUACUUUUAAUGGGGCUGAGUGCUUUGGACCACUUCCUAUUGAAGCUAUAAUUUAUUUAGAUCAAGGAAGCCCAGAGUUAAAUUCUACUAUUAAUAUACAUCGCACAUCUUCAGUGGAAGGAUUAUGUGAAGGAAUCAAUGCUGGAUUGGUGGAUAUUGCUGUUUGGGUUGGGACUUGCUCAGAUUACCCAAGAGGAGAUGCAUCAACGGGAUGGAACUCGGUGUCUCGCAUAAUUAUAGAGGAACUGCCAAAAUAGAGCUUUCAGCCUCUUCUUGCUAUCCCCAAAACAACAUCCAGGACUUUAUGCAACCUCUUAUUGGUUUGUUUUUCUACAUGGAAAUAUACAUUGGAUUAUAGUGCACAAAUCUUAUUUAUAGAAAUAAGGUAAAAAAUCUUUUGAGCCACGUUUGACUUCAGAUGAUUUAACAGUUAAAUGUAUGUGUAGUUUUUGCCAGCUGCACAAAAGUGAUUUGUUUCAAAGAUGUUUUUGGAUUUCUUGGAAAUUCAUGGUCUAUGCUAACCAAGCCUGCUUAACUCCUGAAUCCAUAGGAUCCAGCCUGGUGCUGGCCUCCGUGGAGGUUUUACAGAAAUACCAGAAGACAAUUAAUGUUCCAUUUUUUAUUCUAUGUAUCCUUAGCAUUUUUCUACAGCAUUUUGGAAUAUAGAUUCUAAAGGAGCAAUCUGUAUUAAUGAUUACUUUUCUAUCAAUUCUAUAUAUCCUUGUAUUUGUUCAAAAAGAAAAUUCAAAUAGCCAAUGUUAAUUUUAUAUUUUUGAAAAUGCAAUUUUUUAUUCAAGUAUAUCUUCUCCAUUUCCCCAAUGUAUGAUUUGUUUUCUAAGCUUCAAGUUCCUAUUGAAAACAAAUUAGAAAAUUAAUUUUCUUGUGAUGUGUGAAACAAUAAAAUAAAUCACCUGAAAAAAUUAUUGCAAUUGUAAUAGAGUAAUUUAGUAAACCUGUAUUUUUAUUACCUAGUGUAUAGCUGUCAUCUUGAUGUAUUAUAUAUGCAUAGAAGCUAUGCCAGGCAUGGUGGAAGAUAUAUGUAAUUUUUUGAUUUAAAUAAAAAUGUAAGAGCAAGUCAA